AUGACUGAAAAGCUAAGUGAUUGGGAAGUUCUAGAUGAAAAUUUCAACAAAACGAAUACUGAUAUACCUCCACAGCUUCCUCCUAAGCCAGAAAGACUUACUAUUGCUGGUCAUCAUACUCAAAAAGCUGAAAUAAAAUCACCUAGUGAAAAUACUGGUAAAAUUAUUUCAAAUGAUAAAGAAAAAGAUAGUGUUCCAUCUCAACAACAAAGGAGUUCUCUUCAAAUUGGUGACAGUGUUGAAUUAUCUGAAAACCAAAACCUUAUUGAUAAUUCAAUAAGCAAAAAUCAACCAAGUAAAGAUGUCUUUGAAACAACUAAUGAACCAAUAAAACCUAAACCUGAAACUAAAGCAUUAUCUAAAGAAGAUUACAGAGAACGUAUUGUUAAUGAGAUGUUUGAUACAGAAAAGAGUUAUGUAAAUUCAAUGGAAAUAUGUAUAAAAGGAUAUUAUGAACCACUUAUACAAUCAGGACAUAGUGUUGCACCUGCAGAUAAAGUAAAUGCAGUUUUUCUUCAUUUUCAAAGUGUUUUAUCAAUUAACAAAGAAUUAUUGAAGAAUAUGACUGAAUUAAAAGAGAAAGGAGAGUUAUCAACAAGAUUAGGAGAAGCGUUUAGUCAAUUUAUACCAAUGAUGAAUGUUUAUAAAUUAUUUCUUGGUAAUUCAGAUACAUCAUUACAAUUUCUUGUUGAAUUAGAGAAGAGUUCUAAAUUUAAUGAUAUACUUGAUCUAUUAAGAAGUCAUCUUCCAGGAGACAAUCAAUUAGAUCUUCGUAGUUAUUUAAUUAUGCCAGUUCAACGACUACCAAGAUAUAAAUUAUUAUUAACUGAUUUAAUUAAACAUACUGAUGAUGAUUUUGUUGAUAAGCCAAAAUUAAUAGAUGCACUUGAUAAAAUAUCAAAACUUGCAACAUUAGUUAAUGAAGUUAUUAAAGAACGUUCAAGAAAUCAAAAAUUAUUAGAACUAGUUGAUAAAAUAGAAGGACUAAGUCAUGAAUUAGUUACACCAUAUCGGGAAUAUAUUAAAAGUGGUUCGUUAUUAAAAAUAUGUAGAAAAGAUAAUAGAGAACGAUAUUUUUAUUUAUUUAAUGACUUAUUAGUGUAUGGAAUUGGUGAUGAAAAUAAAAUUAAAGUUAGUCAAGAGUUUCAAUUAGAAUCACUUAAAAUUAAUUUAAACCAAAACGUCCCAAAUUCUUUUCAAAUUCUCGCAAAGAAAAGUUUUUCUGUUAUUGCAAAAGAUGAAACUGAUCGUGAUGAAUGGAUGAAAGCAAUAAAUGAUGCUAUUCAAUUGGAAAAGUCAAAAUUAAAAACUUUAAAACGAGAUAAGAAAGCAGAAGAUGAAUAUAUCGCCCCUGUAUGGGUUCAAGAUACUCAAAAUUGCCAAGUUUGUGGAGCUAAAUUUACUACACUAUUUAGAAAACAUCAUUGUAGGAAGUGUGGGUUAUGUAUUUGUUCUAAUUGUAGUAAACAAACAAUUAUUAUUAAUGGAAAGAAAGAACGUGUUUGUGAUAGUUGCGCUAAUAAUAAUAAAAAAUUAGGUGAAAGUACUCUCACUGAACAAAACAGUUCUGAAAGUAAAGAUACACUCCUCUCAACUUCUACGGAACAAGACCAACAACUCACAACUAGUUCAUCUAAUGAUGAUAAUAAAAAGAUAGACGUUCAACCAAUUCUACAAGAAGAGUCUAAUAACGAACAAAGUACAAGUGUUGAUGUAGAGAACAUGAACAAUAAUGAACAACCUCUUGAACUUCCAAAAUUACCACCAAAACGAAAGAGUGGCUUUGUAAAAGAAUCAGUCCAACAGAAACAACAACCUGAUAUUCUUCAAUUAAAAGAAAACAUAGUAGACUCCCCUUCAAAUGAAAAGGUAGUAGACUCCCAAGAAGAUGUCCCUCAACAACAACCAGAAGAAUUAAUUCCACCAACAGUUCCACCAAAAAGAAAAACUCAAAAAACACUUACUCAAGAAGAAGGUGUUAAACAAGAAAACCAACCAUUAAAAAGAAAUGACUCAAAGACGUUACAACAAGACAAACCAUCUUCUAUUGAAACUCAACAAAAAGAACAACCAUCCUCUAACAAACAAGAGCCAAUUGAAUUAUGUUCUCAACCAACUGGUAAACUCCAAAACUCAGUAAAUGGUAUAACUCCUACCCCUUCCAAGAAAGUAGCACCUCCAAUCCCACAUCGCUCUCUUCCUCCAAAACCCCUUCGGUCUAGUGUUAUAACUUCUCCUUUAACAAACACUUCUUCUCAACCAUUACCAAAACAAAAUCCUUUUGUCCCACCUCAACAAAAAACACCAACUAAACCUUCACCUCAACAACUCGGUUGUAAACAAACUCAAAGCCAACCAACUUCAUACCGUCAAACAACACUAAAUAAAACCACUACACAACAAAAUUCAGCAAGGUUAGCAGCCUCACUAAAUCAAUCAUCUCCACGUACAAAAAGUGUGCAACCAGAAGUGGUCAAAUCAACUCCAAUAAAAGAAGACAUAAGUCAGUAUCGUUCUGUAAGAGAUUCUCCAUUCUUAAAACAACAACGAGCACAAAAAGAAAGUGAACUUUCACAAGUCUCCCCUCGAAGACCACAACCACCAACACCAAAAAGAGGGGUUACAAAAUGA